AUGCCCGCCGCAAUCGCUGCUCGGUGCGCCUGUCUGCUGCUCGCGGUCCGGCUCAGUUGCUGCGACGUCGAGCUCAAGCAGCCGCGGGGGGAUUCACCAUCGCACGCCAAGCGGGCGUACCGUACACACGAUGAACCGACGUGGUUGGCUCCUCACCAGGUCGGAGCUCCAUCGCCGAUCAGUGCUGCUGCCAGAACCUCUGGUCAAGAACAGGUACCUCAAGAUGAGGCGCAUGGAGGAUGCUGUGAUGAGUUCGUGAGUGGUCUAGACCGUCGUCUCCCAGUCAACUUUGGGUUGCUGGACCGUUGUCUCCUUAUAAUGUAA